GACGGUCCUUCAAGGCUCCUGUAAUAUCUGCUCGCAUCGUUCGUACACAACUGUGUGCGCUCGACAUCCAUAUCGCGUCCUGCACGUCCCUCAUCGUAUCACAUCGCAUCGCUCACCGAGAUCAACAUGCCGCUCACAAAGAACUCGAUCACAGGCAUAUCCUUGGACUCUGCAGGCCUUAUAGCACUCGCCGACCUCUCCACCAUCUCGGAGAGGACUGCUCUCAUUGGAACAUCGUGGUACAUCGACAUGCUUUUCCUCGCGCCGGGCAUCCAUACCCAACAAAAGGCGUCCGAGGUGAACAAGGGAGAACUUCCUGCUGCCGCAGCCAUGCACAGCGGAUACGUGUUCAGGAUCGAGAACCAGGCGAUGGUCUUCUAUCUGCAGCGUAUAGGCGAGCCGGGCCAUCUCGCAGACGUCAGAGUUAAGCCCGUGCGACCCAGCGACCGCAUACCUCCUCGCCAUUGGGUCGCCCUUCUUCUUUACACUACGGGCGUUGCGAUGACCAUCACCUGCUUUGUCGUUCUUGGAUGGAUGGAGGAUUACUGGGCAGUCGGAGUCCUUGGAAUGCUUGUCCUUGCCCGGGCGCUGAAUGUGGUUGUGUUCAGGAGGAGGGCGGUUCCGGGAUGGAAGGGACAGAAGGAACCUGGCGUACAAGGCGACCUCCUCGUCUUGCUCAGCCAGGACCGCUGGGUCCGGCUACGAGGAACAGUGGAUGACAUCAAGUUGGUCACAUCUGGUCAAUGGGUACGCGAGCUCGAUCCGAUGGAAAGCGUUGCAACCGGAGUAGCGACUCUACUCGUAUACUGCGCUGCCGCGCUUGCAGCCAACACAGCCACCGUUGGGGCUCUGUUCAUUGCGUCCUACUCCUGCUGUCUGUCGCUCUACUGGCGCUCUGUAACGCGCUGACGACAGACAUGAAUAUGUUUGGUUGCAGGGUGUACGUAGUGGCCCAGCCAAGGCAUACAGACGUAGGGUGCAUAUGGCGAAGAUAUGAUCAAAGAGCACGGCAAUAGGAGGGAUUGGGCAAUCGGAAUGGGCUCGUACUGCCGACACAAGUGCCAAUCUCGAGACCAAUGUAACGAAAAUAUGUAGGUUGCGUGUAGGAUCUUAGUAACCACAUACUACUAGCUACAGGGUGGUGGAACGACAUCAUGUGUACAGUAUGUUUCGUGGACCGUCAGUAGAGCUAAGAUAUGUGUUACAGUAUGGGACUAGUGUGAUAGCUCCUAUGACAUCGACCCUUGUGGGUGCGAUUGAGAACGAGGUAAA